CAAAUGUUCGAUCGAAUUAUGUGUGUUUUGCAUUAAAUUUCGAUCACGGACGCAUAAUUAUUUUUUCUUUUUGUUAUUGAUUUAGUGUACUCAGGCAGCUAAAUUAAAUAAAUUCAAUGUGUUAUCGUUUAUUUGUUGAACCGGACACAAAUUAUUUGUAAAUAUUUGUAGAACAAUUUUUUACAAGAUCAAAUGGAUCGAAAAUGAUGAUUUCACAAUAGAUUGAAGUAUUCAUAUACAAAAAGUGAUUGAACCCGCUAAAAAAAUUCAGUAGAAACAUCGACGACGACAACGACAACGACAGCAAUAACAACAACAACAACAAAAACUAAAACGCACUGUGAACAUUUACCGAGUCUCUUUGUGCAAUCAAAGUGAAUUCGUGUAGAUUUGCGUUUUGUUUUGUGUUAAAAUUAAAAUAUAAAAUCCAUUUUUUUUUCGGUUUGUACAAAAAAAAUCGUGAUGAAAUCAUCGCCAAAGAUGAAUGAAAUGCCAGCGUCAACUGGUUCAAAGACUCCGGCUAGCGGUAAAAAAUUGGUGCAAGCACGCCUUCCAUUCAAAACACUGGGUGGUAGUGAGCCACCGUUCACAACCUCAAACGAUACAGCGGACGUUGUUUUAGUCAGUGCGAACACACUUACUCCUGAUAACAAUCGAAAACGUAAGCAAAGUGCAACAAUCACAAAAGAUGAUGGCAUUCGUGCACCGAAAAUAAAUCGAUGCGUUUUGGACAGCACCAAUGAGGUCAGAUUGGAAAGUUCGGAAACGAUGGAAAGUGAUUUGUCUUCGGGUGAAACUGAAACUGUCAACAAAAAAACAUUGGGUAAUAAUUCAGAGAGCAAAGAAAAUGUAUGUGUUGACAAGUGUGAGGCUGACGACGAAAUUUUAAAUGACACUCGCAAAGAAACCGUUGACAAAGCUGAUCGUGCAAGUUCUACACCAAAAGCAAAGCAGUCUCUUGAGUUUGAUGAAGAGCGAUCGAAACCGCGCAAAUCAAAAAGACAUGAAGCGAGCAUCCCGAAAAUAAAAUUGCCCAUCAGUAAAAAGUCGAAAAAGAACAAAAAAUUAAAAAAAUCUUUGCUAAGCACUUCGUCGAGCGCUGAAGCAUCUAUGGAGGAAGAAGAUCAACCAGAAGAAGAUGCUGCCAUGGAUGUGGAUGCAGUCGAAAAUGUUGAAAGUACCACCGAUUCAGAUAGUGAAUCAAUGGAACAUGAUGAUGCGGCUGACAAUAAUGAUUCUAGCAAUGUUGCCGACAAAAGUUUUUUGAAUGAUUCGAUUCUUUCAAAUGCAUCCGAUCUUCCCACAACACCGGGUAACUGUAAAAUGACACCGAAACAGUUACAACGGCGCCUUGAAUCGGAAAAAAAGAAGCAGGAGAAAGAACGGGCCAAAGUUGAACGCGAGCGCGCUUUACAAGAGGAGAAAGAAAGUCGCCAGCGUGAAAAGGAAGAACGAGAAUUACAGAAAAAGCGCGAACGUGAAGAAAAGGAGGAACAACGCAAGAAAGAGAAAGAAAAACUACUCGAAGAAAAGCAACGCGAAAAAGAACAGAAAGAACAACAACGGAAAAUGGAGCGUGAAGAGAAAGAAGAACAAAAGAAACGCGAAAAGGAGGAAAAAGAGUUGCAGAAGAAGAAAGAGAGAGAAGAGAAAGAGCGUGAGAAGGAAGAGGAGCGAAAGAAAAGGGAAGAGGAAAAGCAAAAAAAGAUGGAGGCUGAACAGAAUAAAAAUCGCAAAACCGCAGAGGCUUUUGCCAAGUUUUUUGUUCCAAAGAAGGUCGAUAAUAAAAUGGAGACUAGCGACAACGAUGACAAGAUGGACACGGAUCAAGCUCAACAUUCAAAUUUCAUUUCGUUUCAAAUAAAAGCAGAUAUGAAAUUGGCACCAGUGACUCGUCGAACAAUUAACGGAGACGAACGAUCGAAUUUGGAAGAAUUGAUCGCAUCUAAUACGUCAAAGCGUGAUUUGUAUGUGUCUGAAUUGAAAAGUCAUACCAUUGUUCCAAGGAAAAGUACGCGCACCUGGCUGGAUGACGAAGAAUGUAGCACUGAUGAAUUAUUCAUUAUCGGAGAAAUUGACAGUCAAGGCGUACAAGUCAUGCAAGACGAACCGAAAAAAUUGUACCGAGCCAAAUUUUUCAAGUUUUCGGAAAAUCGGCGACCAGCAUUCUAUGGCACCUGGCGUAAAAGAAGCCAAACCGUUCGACCACGCAAGCCAUUUGGAAAGGACUCAAGACUGGAUUAUGAGGUAGAUUCUGACGAUGAAUGGGAAGAAGAAGAGCCCGGGGAAUCAUUGCAUGGAUCAGAUGAUGAAAAAGAAGCCGAGUCUGAAGACGAAUACGAGAUCGAUAACGAAUUUUUCGUUCCGCAUGGUCAUUUGUCGGACGAAGAGCUUCAGAAUGAAGAUGAAACUGAGAAUGAUCCAGAAAAUUUGAAAGUAAAACUAAAAAUAGCUCAAAAUGAAUUUGAUGACGAGCGAAAGAAGAAAACACACAAACUAAAACCAUGUUUGAUCGGUCUAAUUUGGCAAAAGUCAGAUGGUUCAAAACCAGAAAACUGUUCCAACCGUGUUUGGGAAAUAAUGAAUAAGCAUGCAAUGCUAUUCAAUGGACCAAGUGUGAAAGUUGAACGACCAAACAACCAACAACAAGCCGACGAUGACGAUGAAAAUCACAACAAAACGAUGGGAGUUAGACGCUUGAAUAUUGGCGAAAAAGAGAUACCCGAUUUAAUUCGCUUGAUAAAUGGCAAUCAAAACAGUUCCAAGAACUUAACGAAAGAGUUUUGCGCAUACCUGGCAAAAAAUCAUCAACCACAACGAGAAUAUAAUCGUGCCUGCAUCACAUCAAAAAUCAAAGAGUUGGCCAAAUGGCAACCAUGCCCAGAAGAAGGUCGUAUGCACAAAAAACUUUGUUGGUAUGUUCCGAUUGAAACACGUAAACGAUACGGUGUCAGCGAUUUGACUUUCCCGAACACAUGGUCGUACAUCUUCCUAUCGAAAGGUACAAAUGAGACUGGUGAGAGUGAAGGCGAUGCCAAACUUGGCGAAAACAAAGACACAUCGAAAAAAGAUGAUAAUCCCGAAAUCAUCAAUUUGUCAGAUGAUUCAAAUAGCUGUAGUUUGUCGGAGACUUUAACACCCGAACUGAUCAAACAAGCAUCGUCGAAACGAACCAACUACAAUAUUGCCAAGUUCAUUCGUCCAUUGACACACGAUGAAAAGAAAAAGCAAUUCGAACCGAUUACGUUGGUUCGUCGUCCAUCAGAAGAUCAAUUAAACGAUUUUCCGUCCACAUCACGGGUGGCAGAAGAAAAGAACAAUUCGGCACAAGCCAAAAUACGACAAUCCAAAUCAUCGUCAGAAGCGCCGACUACAAAAAAACGUGUGAAGGUUUUGAUGUCAGGUCCAGUUGGACAAGAACUUUCGCCAAAACUUAAAACCACAUUGGUUACACAGUUUUUAAGUGGUAAUUUAAGAAAGCGAAAAUCAACUGACGUAAACGAUGAUGCAACAACAGUUUCAUCUUCCACCAGCACAGCGGGCACAAGUGAUGGCGCGAAGAAGUCCAAGCUCAACAGUUCAGUUAUUGUCAUCGACUAAGGCAAACUUUGAAUAGAAUUUUGCAGAGUUUAUAGAUGUUUAAGUUCCCUUUCUUUCUCAAACCAUACAUCGUUUAUUCGUUAGUUUAGAGAAUAAUUGAAGUAAAUAAUUAUAAUGAUACCGUAGUCGACGAACAAUUAAUUCAUUCGAAAUCUACAUAAAUUAAUUUUUCGAAUUAGAUAUAUCUACUGAUAAUUCCCAUUGAAGUUGGUCUAAAAAAUGAGUUAGGAUUACAGUGAAGUUGAAGAAAAUAAAUAAAUUAAAUAAGCACUAGACAAA